UUCUGAUCAAAGGGAAAUUGUACAUACAUUUGAAGGAUUUUUAUCCCUUUUUUACUACAUCGUCUUACCAAAAGAAUGUGGUAUUCUACUUGAAAAGGGAUUGUUAAACAUAAAUUUUAUCCCGAAUCACGUGACUUUAAAAUGUAACCUAUUUUGAAGGCCACAAUGUACUAAUGCUUGUCAUUUUCUGGUGCCUGUUGCAGUGGUGGUUGUUCAUGGAUUGGAUGAUCAGAUUAGACUUGUUUUGUCGCAAGAGCUAAGAAAAUUCUGUUCACCACAAUGUCAAAAGACCAUGACAGUAAUGGUUUCAGCCAUGAAAUCAUUACUGAUGAAAGUGCCAAUACAAAAGCGACAGACAAGUCAAUCUCCAUAGAAAUCUUGGCAUCCCGCUCAAAGCUCACCACAUUCCAGACCUGUGCAAUACUUGUGUCAUCCAUAGGUGGCUCGGGACUUUUUGCUGCCAUGUCAACCAUCAUGAAAACCACAGGUUCAGUGGGUGUGUUGUUAAUAACCCUGUUGGUGUGUGGUCUUCUCAACUACUCCCUUGCCAUGUGCUUCACAGAAGUUGCCAUACUGCUUCCAAAAUCAGGUGGUCCUUACUUCUUCAUCAAACAAGUGUUUGGAGGGUUUCCAGCGUUCUUGUUCAUAUGGGGAUUUUUCUUCCUGAUCAUCACGCCAGUGUGGGCCUUGUCGUCCUACAUUUCGGCCCUUUAUAUAGUCCAGCUCUUCUUCCAGGGCUGUCAUCCUCCUAUCAUGGCUGUCAAAAUGCUGGCUGCAGUUAUUUUAGUUUUGGUGGUUCUGUUGAAUUGUUCCCACCUGAAGUACGUCACCAAGCUACAGACCGCUCUGACGAGCUCUAAGUUGAUAGCUAUGAUCCUUAUCUGUGUGCUGGGAGUAGUGGCUGUCGCCAAAGGUGAGGUUACAAACUACUCUGAAGUAUUUGAAGGCUCAGCCACUAAUCCUGGGGACUAUGCAGUCAGCAUUUUGUCUGGAAUGUUCUUUUACGGAGGAUGGCAGAUGAUCACGUUUUUAUUGGAGGAAAUGGAGGACCCUAAAAAAAAUCUUCCCAAAACUCUGAGAAUAUCAUUUGUGAUAAUAAUCACUCUCACAGAGCUAGUGGUGGCUGCCUACUUUGUGGGACUCUCCCCCAGGGAGGUUCUGCAUGCAGAUGCUGUUGCUGUGGAAUUUGUUAACAAGAUCUAUCCACCACUGGCGCCUGUGCAGGCGCUAUUGAUAAUGGCCACAUCCAUUGGGUCUCUGAAUGCCGCUGUGCUAGCUCAAUCCCGAUUGGUCAGUGCUGCUGCAAGGCAAGGUCACUUGCCACUAAUUUUAUCAUUUUGCAGCCAGAAGUACAACAUGCCAAUAGCUACAAGUUUCACAAUCUGCUGCAUAUCCCUGCUGGUCCUGUUCCUCAUGGACCUGUCCUAUCUGAUCAUCAUGACCAGCUUCAUGGCUACUGUGAUGGGUCUCGCUGUGCUACUAUGCCUGCUGGCCCUGCGAUAUAGGCAGCCACAGGCUGAGCGACCUUAUAAGGUGUGGCUUGGUACAGCCAUUUUCCAGCUGGUGCUGAAUGUUGCCACAUUGCUGAUGAGUAUCUACAAACAGCCCAGCCAGAUAGGCUUAUUGGCAGUGUUCAUUUGUGUGGGGCACCGGUGUAUGCAGUUUUUGUACAGUGGAAGGCUAAGCCGAGAUCUUGGCUACUUGCUAUAGACAAAGUGUCUAGGAUGUUCCAAAAGCUUUUCAUGCUGAAGAAGACCUAGUGGAUGGUUUGCUGAUCUCAAUUUUCAGUGAUUUUUUAAUUCAUUUUUGUCUAUGAUCACUAGUGGAUAAUUUUUUUUUUAUUCUAUGCUUACAAAUGAUUAUUUUUGUAUUUUUUGCCAUUCUGGAUAAUCUGAUUCCCUAUUGGGCGCCCCAAAAUGUCAUUACAUUUAUGUUCAAGGGAAGCUUAUCCGUGUGCUGUCAUAAACAUUCAAUGCAGAGUAUUCACCCUUUUUAUGCUCCCCAAAAAUUUGUUAUGGGGGGAGCAUAUAGUCGCCGCUUAGUCUGUCCGUCCGUCCGCGCACAAUUUUUGUCCGGCUAUUUCUCAGCAACUAAUGACCGGUAUUCAAUUACACUUUAUGGGAAGUUUCACUACCAAGAGGAGAUGUGCAUAUUAUCAGCCAGUUCUGGUCAGAUGAUUUUCUACAGAGUUAUGCCCCUUUGAAAUUUUCCAUUAACUGUACAUAUAGUGCAAUUCUUGUCCGGGCUAUUUCUCAGCAACUAAUUACCAGAAUUCAAUGAAACUAUAUGGGAAGCUUCACUACCAAAAGGAGAUGUGUAUAUUAUCAGCCAGUUCUGAUCGGAUAAUUUUUUACAGAGUUAUGGCCCUUUGAAAUUUUCCAUUAACUGUACAUAUAGUGCAAUUCUUGUCCGGGCUAUUUCUCAGCAACUAAUGACUGGAAUUCAAUGAAACUUUAUCGGAAGCUUGACUACCAUGAGGAGAUGUGCAUACUAUCAGCCGGUUCUGGUCGGAUGAUUGUUCACAGAGUUAUUGCCCUUUGAAAUUUUCCAUUGUACAUAUUGUGCAAGUCUUGUCCGAGCUAUUUCUCAGCAACUUAUUACAGGAAUUCAAUGAAACUUUAUGGAAAGCUUCACUACCAACAGGAAAUGUGCAUUUAUCAGCCGGUUAUGGUCGGAUGAUUUUUCACAGAGUUAUGGCCCUUUGAAAUUUUCUAUAAACUGUACAUAUAGUACAUUUCUUGUGCGGGCUAUUUCUCCCUAACUACUGACUGGACUUCAAUGAAGCUUUAUGGGAAGCUUAUAACUAUCAUGAGGAGAUGCGCAUGUUAUUAGCUGGUUAUGGUCAGAUGAUUUAUUGAGAUUGUUAUGACCCUUUGAAAUUUUUAAAUUGCUAAACCAUCCAUCGUAUUAUUUUGUCCAAAGUUAUGGGCCUCAAGACGUUUCCUUUUAUCUGAAUAUUUCGUGCAAUAUUGUGACAAAAAAAAUUUUGGGGAGCAUCACCCGUCUCCAAUGGUUUCUUGGUUAAAUUAGGGGUCACGAUAGGGAAACCAAACACAUCCAAAACUAGUUUGGGUAGAACAAUGAAAAUUAUUGAUAAAUUUCGCUGUUAAUUUUCACUGUUUGAAAAAGUGAAUUAUCCGUUUUAAUUCAGUGAUAUUUCUCUAUAAACUCCCCGAAAGCAUUAUAUAAUUAAAUUUAAAUUUGUUUAUCACUAAACAUGUUUGUAAUGUUUUUUGGCCUUAUAUAUAUAUGAAUUUGCUAUCUUAAAUAAUAAGUUUGAUAACCAGUCAGUUUGCUAGAAUUUGUUCUGAAGUAUAAUUGUGAAACUUGGUGAUACUGUUUUUGUGAAUAUGAUCUGAUAACCAACCUGAUUGCCUGAAGCACUUCUGAAGUAUUGCUGAUUAAUGUCACAAAGCUGGAGCCCUCAAGGUCAAUGUCACAAUAGCAGGUCAGUAGUUUGAGUCCAAUUUUCUUCUCUGCUCCAUAUUUUUUAUAACACUUGAAGUAUUUUCAUCAAACAUGGACUGGCCACUCUUGAGAUCAUUGAGGCAAUAUACAGUCAUGUCAGCUCAAGGUCAAGGUCACACUUGAAGGUGAUUAGUUUAUCCUUCAUUGUUUUUUAAUGUUUUCCAUAUAUCCUGAUUAGCCUGUGUGGACAGCACAGGCUUAAUUGGGACAACACUUAACGCACAUGCAAUUAACCCCUUUUAACAGAGCAGGAUCCAUACUUUGUAAGAAACAAUAACAAAUGUUUAUAUUACUUAUAUGGGGGAUUUUUGUCUAAUGUGUUUAGUAGAGAUUAUUUAUAUGUUUGCCAUAAUGAUAAGGAGUGAUUUUGACUAGGAGAGAUUACAUCCUGAAUAUAAAUAUUAUGACAAGAAAAUAAGUUUAUGUAAGUUAGACACACAUAUUAUUGACCAUUCAUAUCAAUAUUAUUAUUUGGAAAUUCCUAAAAGACAAAUUUUGGUGAGCAAUUAAGGGCUAUCUUGUUCUAUAUUUCACCAUAUUAUAUAAUGUGUGUGUUUGUUUUUUGCCUGACAAAAAAUUACAUACUAGUAUUUUUGUACAAAUAUUUUGUAUUCUAAUAGGAUAUAACUGUAAUUAGUGUUUAUACGAACAGGAUAUUAUUGUUAUUACUGCUAAUGCUAAUAGGAUAUAGCUGUUCAUACUUAUAGGAUGUUAGUGGUAUUACUGUUAAUACUAAUGGGAUAUACCAGUAAGUGUUAAUACUGUUUAUACUUAUGGGAUGUAAAUAAAUACUAAUACAGAUGUGUUGAAAUAAACAUUAGUUAGAAUAUUUAAAACAUGGCCAUAAAGUGUUCAAGGACCCUGUACUUAUAUUAUAAUCAAAAGGUGUUUACUUAAUUUGUGUUUAACCCUUUGCAUGCUGGGAAAUUUGUCGUCUGUUUAAAUGUCGUCUGCUGAAUUUUUAAAAUUAGCAUUUUCUUCGAUUUUUUUUCAAAGAAUUCUAUCAGAAUAGCAAACAGUUUGGAUCCUGAUGAGACGCCACGCUGGAUCCAAACUGUUUGCAAAGGCCUUCAAAAUUCGGUUCCCGCACUUAAAGGGUUAAACAAUUUCUAUACAAUGCCAUGCAUAUUCAUGUGGCAUGAUGUCCAUAGUGAUAGUAUCAUAUUGUUAUCGUGUUUCAAAUUAUUGUCUGUGUACUUUGUAUAUAUAUUGCUAUUAAAGGUAAAAAUUAAAAUCAGUUCAUUGAAAUAACCAAGACACAAUGAAACAAAAAAGUGUCAUGCAAUCAUUCUAUAUUUUCACACAAGGGUCCAAAGUCACUCAGCUUGUAAAGAAAAUCAUACAUAUUUUAUAGCAUAGUAUUUACAUAUUUCAAUAUUAACCCCCCCCCCCCCAAAAAAAAAAGCAACUACACACAAACUCCAUAUCAUUAUAAACAGUUUAACAAUAUUUAAUUUUUUAAAUAUCAAUAUGUUUGACAGCAAUAGACUGGUGGAAUAUAAUUUUACCAAAGGACCUUUGUGAAUUUUGGCCCAGUUUCUUUCCAAAAACUGACAACUCAACUUAAAUGUUAACUGAAAAUAACAGUGAUUGGCUGCUACAGUAAAUGUGUGAAUAAACUCUCAUUUUCAAUUUCAAAUUACAGAUGAGCACUUGGUAAACACUUCAGUUUAAUAUCUGUUUCACAUUGUACUCUGGAUGGCAAAUCUCAUCAUACACUAGGGAACUGAAUAAUCCUUUCCCACUCAGAAGCAAAGUAAAAAUGGCUAUGUGCAAACAGCAUAAAACCAGAACAGCCUGCGAGUCACUCACAGUCUGUUAAGGUUUUAUGCUGUUUGCUGCUCAUCAGUAUCUAAGGGUUGGAAAUGAAGCAUUUAAAACUUGAAUCUGGUGAGAAAGAUCUUAACUAUAACUUUCUAAGGGACUACAAAUUCAUAAAAUAAUGCAUCUAAGUUGUAAAGGGUUAAUCUGGUCCAUGAUGGGACCAUAGGCAGGUUGAGAUGACAAAGUGCAGAUCAAAUUUGGAGAAAAUAAUUCACCCUUUACCACUUGGAUACAUAUUUUGAUACAUUGGAAGUCCCUCAGACAGUUUAAUUUAAUUGAAGACCAUUCUUGCUUGAUUAAAGGUUUCAUUUUUGACUCUUAUAUACUGAUGAGCAGCAAACAGCAUAAAACCUGAAUAGACUGCGAGUAAUGUAGUAUUGAUUUAAUAAUAAUGCUGCUUGAAAUGGCCACUUGCUGAUGUGUAACAAAUCUACAGGUUUAACUUCCUAGAAACUGGCCCCAACUGGGCAUUCACAUCAAAGACCUUUGGUGUCUACACACAUUAUUCAUAAUUUUUUGAGGCAUAGGUUUAAUUGAUGUUAUCCAGUAACACUGUUGUGAUUGUCAAAGACUUGUGUGUUUAACUGAUUUUAUUGCAGUUUCAAAUGGAAAUAUGAUUGCAAGGUAAUGAUAAUGUUUGUUUAGAAAAAAGUAAAUGUAUAAAAGUUGGGUGAGUAUGUAAAUAUAUUAGGCACUUUAUGCACACUUACCCCAGGAGAGUUGUGUAUUUAUUUUAUUUUUCUACAUGAUUUUUUAUUUAAGUAACAAUAAAAAAAACAUAAUUAGUGGGAUGCCUAAUGUACAUAUUGUAAUUGGGUUUUUAUGCCCCUGAAGGAUGGCAUAUAGUUUUUGAACUGUCUGUCUAUCUGUCUGUCCGUCCGAAAACUAUAACAUUGGUUAUAACUUUUGCAAGAUUGAAUAUAGCAACUUGAUAUUUGGCAUGCAUCUCAUGGAGCUGCACAUUUUGAGUGGUGAAAGGUCAAGGUCAUCCUUCAAGGUCAAAGGCCAAAUAUAUGGCUUCAAAGCAGUGCAGUAGGGGGCAUUGUGUUUCACAAACACAGCUCUUGUUUCCUUUCGGACUCCUGCUUUUCAAAGUACUCCUGUUUUAAAAUCCUAGUGAGGCCCCUGAGAAAGGAUUAACAAUGUUUAUUUAUAAAUCAGUAUUCAUUUCUAUGUUUUGCUUAAAGGUAUUUUUGAUAAGAUUCAUGCAUAUUUAAAUCUGCCAAAUUAAAUAUCAUUGAUUGUAAAGUAUGCUGGACAGAAAUUAGUUUUUAAUAAUUUUAUUUUGCCAGUUAAGUUUUAAAGGUUGUUAAUAUAUGUAUUGUACAUGUUUAACCUUUCUGCAAAUGUGUUUGCUGUUCAAGAAUGCCAUUACAUUUUACACAUUGUAUAUUUUGUUUUAACGACAACAAAACAUGUUAUGCAAUUCCCAAUGUAUAUGUCAUAAUUUUUUUAUAGUGAUUGUCUUAAUUAACAUUUCAUAUCAAGACAAAAUUGAUUGUAUUGUUGAUGCUUCAAAUAAUUUAUAUGAUGUUAAGACUCCAUAAGGUCUAUGUUAUAAUAAAUGUACAAAAAUA